AUGCUGAGCGACAUGACCGGAUUACCAGAAGCAGUGGCCAGUGCUUACAUUCCAACCGAUUUGCCACGAUUGGCGGACUGUUGGGUGACGAUGAUUCAUUUGAGCAAACUCCUAGGUGACGUCCUCAGUUUAAGCUACCGGCCUCUUGGGCCUCACCCAUCGCUUCAGCAGGUAGAAGCAACCGAGACAGAAAUCCUACUAUUUCAAUUCCCGGACAACUCCGACGCAGACCGAAGUCGCCUGGCCACUUUUUAUAUGUAUCAUCUACAGUUGCACUACCAAGCUUUACUCAUUACAUUCUAUCGCCCUUAUAUCACCAAGGUGCCAGAAGGGCUACCAGUGGCCCAGCAACAGGCGUGGCGAAGUCAAAUACGAAACAAAAUGGACGCCGCUGCCCUACAAACGAAUUCUAUUGUCGAUAACCUGGCUCGUGAAAAGCUGCUAGAAUUCGGCGGUCCAAUGACACCUCCAUUACUGGUACCAGCUAUGCAAGUUCAUCUCCUCAACUGCAAGUCGUCCGAUGGUUUUAUUCGGCGACUGGGCCUUAACAAGCUGGAAUUGUGUAUGAUGAUCUUAGAGCAGAUGCAGCACACAUAUCCAUCUGCCUCCAUAUUUCGAGGCAUCUUCCUCGGAGCUAUACGUCAAGUCUUCCCUGACUAUAUGGUUCAACCAUCCAAGCCAGGGACAGCGGCCCCUGAGUAUCCUAUCCUGCAGGAUGCUCCUCUUGAUGACCCAGCCGCGUCCAUGGUGAUCAGCGACGAUGUCAUUGGAGCACUUAUGGAUGAGGCGUCUACCUAUAAUUUCUGGGAGACAUUUAGUUGGAUGUAA